CCAAAGCGGGCAGAGGCAACCACCACAUCCUCUCUGAUAACCUCAGACCUGAGCUGAAGGAGGAGCUGGAAGGCACCUUGACCUAUGGACACCCUUCAAGGAGAGGACAAAUCUUAACACCCCCCCAUCGCCACCCCCCCACCGCCCGCUUCAUCCUUGUGAACGCUGUCAUUUCCACCCUUGAUUCAUUCUGCGGACAAGAUAACCAAGAGUGAAGGGGAGGUGUGUGCAGACGAUCCUGCCAGAGCGAGGGAUUGAAGGAGGUUUGGGGGGUGAGAGAGAGGAGGUGUGAGUGGCAGGUGCCGAUGCCAGACUCCCAGAGUGAGAGGGGGGGAUACUGAGGGGGUGGGCACCUGAGGAACUCGGCACGUGCGGCGGCAUUUUGGUAGCCAAGAGAGACGGACGACAGAAAAUACAUUCAUAUACGCGCGCAGCUGGGCAGAUGAGGAGGCAUCAAGGAUCACUGUUCAGUCCUGGGUGCAAGUGACCCUGCCUGCAAUAGGCGAGGAGUCCCAGAACCAGGGCCAUGAUUGGCUCACCUGGCCCUGGUGGGCGUGCCUUAGUGCCAUGGCCGAAGAUGUGGCAGGCGGUCCUGGCUGCUUCGCUGGUUGCCGUCUUAACUUUGACUCUGCCAGGAAGUAGCCAGGCCUGUCCGCCACGCUGCGAGUGCUCGGCUCAGCUGAGGUCGGUGUCGUGUCAGCGGCGGCGGCUCACCAACAUCCCCGAAGGCAUCCCCACUGAGACACAACUCCUGGAUCUCAGCAGGAACCGACUCCGAUGGGUGCAAGCCGGUGAUCUGGCACCGUACCCCCGGCUGGAGGAAGUGGACCUCAGUGAAAACCUCAUCGCCACGUUAGAGCCCAAUUCCUUCGCAAGUCUGCCCAAUCUUAAAGUGCUGAAGUUAAGGAGCAACCAACUGAAGUUAGUGCCCAUGGGGGCCUUCGCCAAACUUGGCAAUCUGACUAGCCUGGACCUGAGUGAGAACAAGAUUGUGAUUCUAUUGGACUACACCUUCCAGGACCUUAAGAGUCUAAAACACCUGGAAGUGGGAGACAAUGAUCUGGUUUAUAUUUCCCACAAGGCAUUCUCAGGGUUGCUGGGACUGGAGGAUCUCACCAUAGCUCGCUGCAACCUGACAUCCAUCUCAGGCCAGACCCUGUCCUACCUGCGCAGCCUGGUCACCCUCCGCCUCUAUCACCUCAGCAUCACGGCUCUUGAGGACCAGAAUUUCAGAAAGCUCUCAAACUUGAGAGGUCUUGACAUCAAUCACUGGCCAUACCUGGAGUACAUUUCACCUCUUAGUUUCCAGGGUCUUGAUCUCCACUGGCUCUCCAUUACAAAUACCAACAUCACCUCUGUCCCCUCUGGUUCUUUCAAAAACAUGGUACAUCUAACCCACCUAAACCUUUCCUACAACCCCAUCACAGCACUGGAGCCUUGGGCAUUCAAAGACUUGCUGAGGUUGAAGGAACUCAUCAUGGUCAGCACAGGGUUGAUGGCAGUGGAGCCCCACGCCCUUGGAGGACUCCGUCAGCUUCGGGUCCUCAACUUCUCAUCAAAUGACCUGCAGACUUUGGAGGAGGGUUCCUUCCACUCUGUUAACAGUCUGGAGACACUCAGAGUGGAUGGGAACCCUCUCAUGUGUGACUGCCGUCUGUUGUGGAUCCUGCAAAGGCGCAAGACCCUCAACUUUGACGGCAGAGUGCCGGUUUGUGCAGGGCCUGUGGAGGUGCAAGGCGUCAGCCUGAGUAGCUUCACUGAUUCUGCACUCUUUGAUCAUUUUACGUGCCAGAAACCUAAAAUUCGCAACCGCAAGCUUCAGCAGGUGACUGCUCGUGAGGGCCAACCCGUGAAUUUCCUCUGCCGUGCCGAAGGAGAACCAGCACCCGCUAUCAUCUGGAUUUCCCCUCAGCGUCGACGGAUCACGGCUAAGAGCUCGGGCCGCAUCAUCGUUCUCCCAAGUGGCACCUUGGAGAUCCGCUACGCCCAGCUUACUGACAGCGGAACGUAUAUCUGCAUCGCCAGUAAUGCUGGGGGCAAUGACACCUACUUUGCUACACUCACAGUACGCAGCCAGCCACAAGAUGCUGCCUCAGCCUUUUUCUUCAAUCGCUCACUGUACAGUGGCGAGUUCUUCAAUGACACAAACCUGAACAGCACUCGGGUGUUCCUCAAAUUUACCUUCGACUUGACAACCAUCCUGGUCUCCACAGCAAUGGGUUGCAUCACCUUCCUGGGGGUGGUGCUCUUCUGUUUCUUGCUGUUGUUCGUGUGGAGUCGGGGACGCGGCCAACGUAAGAACAACUUCACAGUGGAGUACUCUUUCCGGAAAUCUGAGCCCGCCACCGGUAGCUCUUCAGGAGGCACCAGGAAGUUUAACAUGAAAAUGAUAUGAAACAACGCAGCCAGGGGUCCCUCGGGGGAGGCAUGAGCACGUCUCAAAAACGUGUUUGACACACGCAAACACACACAGCUAUUGAGUCGCACAAAAAUGUUAGAAUAACCAUUAGGCUACUGUCAGUGGCUUCUUUCAACACUGAGUAACUACAUUAAAACAGGAGCCAUGACGUAAUUGGAAUUAAUAUGUAAAAAAAAAAAUAAUAUUCUGUUUAAAAGCAGGCGGCAGGGUGGACGACUGGUUAGAGCGUCAGCCUCACAGUUCUGAGGACCGGGGUUCAAUCCCCGGCCCCGUCUGUGUGGAGUUUGCAUGUUCUCACCGUGCCUGUGUGGGUUUUGUCCGGGUACUCCGCUUUCUUCCCACAUCCCAAAAACAUGCAUGGUAGGUUAAUUGAAAACUAAAUUACCCGUAGGUGUGAAUGUGAGUGCAAAUGGUUGUUUGUUUGUUUGUGCCCUGCGAUUGGCUGGCAACCAGCUCAGGGUGCACCCCGCCUCCUGCCCAAUGAUAGCAGGGAUAGGCUCCAGCACACCUGAGACCCUUUUUUGGAUAAUUGGCUCAGAAAAUGGAUGGAUGGAUGUUUAAAAGCAUGCAGUAAGAAGAUACUAAACUGACAGAAAUGGAAGAGCUGUACAUCUUUCAUGCUCUAUAUCAAUUACAGAAGUCGUAAAAUUGGCUGAGCUAUGGAAGAAUAGUAGUCUUUUUUCUGGUUUCAUUAAUGGGGGAAUAAAAAAGAAUGACUUCUAUGUUAAUUUAAACUUCCCAUUACUGCUCUUUUGUAGUUGGGUAAUUUAAAAAAGACUUACAUUUAUAGAUUAUUUUUCCCCUUUAAGUAAAGUGUGCCCUAGUAAGAAGCAUGCACUGCAGAUUGAGGCAUACUGUAUGUUGUCUACCCUGACUUCCACAGGGGUUAAAUCCUCUUUAAUGUUACUACUUAUUUAUUGUACAAAAUAAUCUAAGAUUGAUGUAUAUAGACUAUAAAGCGAUAUAAACAACUGAUUGAAGACGCUUUGGAUUAAGAAAAAAAGUAGGAUUUGGUCUUUAUUGGGAUAUUUUGCGACAUUAGCUGUGUGAGUUUGGGACGAGCACACUGGCCAAGAGUUGCCAUGGUGUCCCGUGUCCAUGUAGUUUGGCUUAAAGUCAAGCCUGCUGAACACAGAACACAAUGCUAACCAAUACAACCAAUGCAAGAGAGAACACUGGGACUGGGUUGUUUGCCGCGAGAGAGUUUCUGAGUCAAGUAGAAAGGAUGGACGAGGUCAUCUUCCUCCUCUCCGCAGCAUUAAAAGCCAAACCCGUGACCUGCAAUCGACAGGAAAGCGGUGACCUUUUGUCCCAGCUCUCUGCUGCCUUGGUGGACAUCUGACCUUCCAAGCGCUGCCAGGGGGGAGCAGCCUGGAUGGUUGGCACCUAUACUCAGAGGCAGACAGAGGACACGAAGCAGUCUAACACACUGACACAUGCAGACUCAUCCUCACACAAGUCAUGAGUACACCUUUCAGCACAUGGACAGUAGAUGUUCUCUCAGGAAAAAAACAUUACCAGAGUGAGUAUCCCUGGGGGAAAGCCGAUGUACAUUUAUUUGUGAAGAAACUAACCCACAAAAAUUGUUUUUUUGGAGUAUUUUAAAGCACCUGCAGCAAACGAACUUUAAUUAGUAGGACAAUUAACAAUCUCUUCCGUUUAUCCAUUAAGACCAAUCAUAACCACAUACAGCUGAUGUAAAAGCUCUUCACACCCCUGUUCAAAAUGCCAAGUUUUUGUGAUUUGAAAAAUGAGGCCAAGAUAAAUCAUUUAAAAACUUUUUUUCUGCCAUUAAUUUGACCUAUAACCGCUACAACUCCAUUGAAAAAAAUGAGAAAGGGCAAGUAAGAACAAAACUGGUCAGGGAGACUGCCACGUGGCGAACAGCAGUAUUGUAGGUGCUGCAGGAAUUUCUAACGAGUAAUUGCUGUUUAUUACACGUGACAAGUAUCUCCUGUCUUUUUUCACUUGUCUAGGCUACAGGCUAGGGAUGGCAAGAUCUUUGGCCAUAUCUUACAAAGAAAAGAAAAAAAACACUUGAAAUCUCCCAAACACAUGGAGGGAAAUGUGUUAUUCUCCAAUGAAACCAAGGUGAAACUUUUUUACCAUAAUUCCAGAAAAUAUUUUUGCUGCAAAAAUGACACUGCUCAACACCCACUCAACAUGAAUGUGAUUGGUUAAUUCUGAACACAGCCACAUGUCCAGUUGUCAGAAGGUGUGUGCAACCACAGUAUCUCAGUUGUUUAUUUUUUGUUCGCCUUUCUAAAAGAUUUCACUUUUUUUAGUUGUACAGAUUGUAGGUCACAUACAAGGUGGGAAAGGUUUUGGAAUGUUUUCCAAAACCUGAAAUUUGAAAAGAGGUGUGAAGACUUUCUAUAUCCACUGUAAUUGGUACACAACUACACCACCAAACUCUGACUGCUCUUUGUCUGUCUCUGUGAUGGCCCAUGUGUAAAUGUCUCUGCCUCCCCUAGCCCAGUGCAUCCCCCCUACUCGCCCCACCACCCCCAAACACCCCCACUGGGUCCUCCUUCGGGAGGGGUCCCUGGCUGGAGACUGCGGAUACAAAUGUAAAUGAAGUAGAGUAACCCUACCCACAACAUCUGCAUUGUGCAAUGGAGAGUCGUACUGUGGUUUUGCAAGCAGCUUUUCUCGGAGCUGCCCUGUUGUUUCUUUCUGUUGUUCGUCCUCCAGUUUUUUAUUUCCUCGUCUCUCGUCAUCUGUGACACUCGCUGUGAACCCUUUUAAAUCUCCCGCUGCUCCAUGUGGGCCUGUUCUGUUCUCAACACGUAUGCAAGAUCCCUUAAAAAGAGUGUGCACACUUCAGUGUGAAUAUUGUCUGAAAUUGGCCUGAACAAUUUUAAAAUCCAUUUGUUUUUUAUAUAUACUGCUUAUCCUGUUGAGGAUGGCAGGGGGCAUACUUACUUCAGGUAAAAGGAAGACUAUGCCCUUGACUGUUUGCCAGUCAAUCACAGGCCUAAUUAAGCCAUAUUAGACAUUACUCAAGUAUUUCUUAUUAUUGAAUAUUGUGGAAGAGAUGUUACAUUAUAAAACUGUAAAUGACUCCUCCAGUAAGCUUUUGAGUUUCGUAAUUCUACCUUAAAGGGGAAGUUUGCAGUGUUAAAACUGCUAGCAAGAUUUAAAUGUACACUACCCUCACUUCACUAAUCACUCACCCCCUCGAGUCUCUGACCAAAGCCUCGCACGUCACUAAUGUGCACGAGCGCGACUCUCAAACAUGGCCAAUUUAUAAUGGCAGGCGAUUAUGAAACUGCAUAGUUGUAAUACAAACUCUUUCCAAAAAAAAGUUGAUUUAUUUCCAUAAUUCCAUUAAAAAAAAGUUCAACUUUCAUUGAUUAUAGAUUCAGGGCCCGAAAUUUAAACAAUUUCAAGUAUUUAUUUGUUCAUUUUUACAUCAUUUGGUCUUCAACGUCAUAAAAUCCACGAAAUCAGGAAUUCAAAAAAUGAGAAUACUAUGAAGAAAUCAGCCCAAAUUUUGCAGGCCAUAAAUGUUUCGAACUGAGUGUCAUCUACUAAACAUCUACUAAACUCAAAGCACCUGCACAAGUUUCCCCAGGUGUCAUUAAAUUGCUUGAGUUUGUUUCAGUUGUCUCCAUUGGGUUCAAUAUGGGGAGGACGACUUGACAACUGUCCAGAAGACCAUCAUUGAUACCCUCCACAGGUUGGGUAAGCCACAAAGGUUCAUAGCUGAGCAGGCUGGCUGUUCACAGAGUGCUGUGUCCAAGCAUAGUAUUGAACAUUAACAUAUCGUUUCGAAAGUGCCAUAUUUUGAUUGAUUUAAUGUGACCCUAAUUUCUUUCUUUUUUUCUACAAAAACUGAGAAGUAAAUGGUGAUUUAUUUUCCGUAAAUGUUUUGAAUUCCUGAUUUCAUGGGUUUUAUGAGCUGGAAGCCCAAAUGAUGUAAAAAUAAACUAAUUAAUACUUGAAAUUGUUUAAAUUGUGGGCCCUGAAUCUAUAAUAUAUGAAAGUUUAACUUUUUGAAUGGAAUUAUGGAAAUAAAUAAACUUUUCCAUGAUAUUCACAUUUUUUGGAAAGGGUCUGUAACUAGUCGCAGACAACACAUAUCCAGCAUCAACAAAAUAGCAGCGGUUGCAAUACUUAGCUAGCAUCAGCACUGUUAACAAGCCCACAUUGGUUGCUACGUUGGUAGCAUGACUUUUUUGUAAUGCAGUCUUACUAGAACACUAAAUGUUGCUUGGAGGUUUUUUGGGGGGGAAUGUACAAUCAAUAAAAAAAUCUCACAGAGAUAAUCACCUUAUCUGUCGAGCAGAAAUGUUGCGUCGCUUCUGAAUACUCUGAGCUGCCUGAGGUCCCUUCCCUCUGCUUCUGUUUGCUGCUUGUAUGCCCAGUUAUAAGCAAACGAGCAAUUGACAUGUUUCUGUUUUCCGGAGGUGGAUAUAUUCUGCCAUGGUUUCAGCGAGCUCCUGAAGCACAAGGUAACAAGUCAGCGUGAGUGCACAACAUUUGAUUGACACCUCGUCAGUCACACAUUCUGUCUCUGAUUGGUUGUUUUUCCUCAGGCACAGUGGUUUCUUGCAAAUCAAAUUUGAGGCACAAAAUGGGGCCAGAAUUGGCAGGGUUUUUUCACACCUCAUUUUACUCAUGUACUACUGUUAAGUCAUAUUAACACUUUUAAUUAAUAUGAUCAAAAGGUUUUUUUUAAAUUAUUAUUAUUUUUAUUGCAAACUCCCCUUUUAACAUAGGAUUAAAUCAAUUAUAAAUGCCACCCCUCGAAUUUGUGGCUUUCACCCAAGUGUUCUCUUUAUAACUUAUGCCCUCCUCCAAGUGCAUAAUUUGAUUCUUUAAUCUAGUUAUUAUUCAACACUGACCUGGACUGAAAAUACAUCUUCAUAGUAAAUCAUAGUUAUAAAAACCCACAUCUCCACCAAUCAUGAAAUUGUACACACGACACUUUAGCUUUAGCAGAGACAUUUAUUUCAUUUUAUUGCACUUUCUGUUCUCCACAAUACACAAUAAUAUAAACAUAUCUAUCUCUUGGCUAUUUACAAGUUGUCAUACACUAUCACUUAUGCUCAAAUUAAUAACAAAGUCCUGGAAUAACACCAAUGAAUGAGAAAAGAUUAACUUUUUGGAACCAUUUUCCAUCCCACGAUGUUAAGAACAGAACUCCCACAUCAUGGUUGUUUCCUCUCCCUCAGUGAAGCCACUUGUGUUUCCAUUCAUCUGUAUUCCCCAGUGGAAAUUAGCUUUAGAAGACAUCAGGAAUGUCCGUAGUGAUCUGCGAUGGUGUUAUUGUGUGCACACAAUAGUUACAGUUACAGUAGUUAAGGGUGCAUUUUAUUGUUAUCUUCCUGCUCUGACCUCUCCUCUUUGCCAUCUUCCUCCCUCUGGACAUUUUGGCACCCUCCUUGUUGGCACCCUUCUUCUCCAGUUCACAGUAUUAAGAUGGAAUGUGGUUGUGUGGUAGUAGACACGUGUUCUGUGUGCUUGUUGAGUCAAGUGUCGUCGUGUUAGGAACGGUGGCUCUUUGGGAUGCCAUCAAAGGUGUUGUUAGAUGGGUGAAGUUUUUUUUUUUUUUUUUUAAAUGGAAGGGGUGACCCAGGUUCCCUAAAAAAAAACACAAAAAAAACCAACAACAACAAAUAAUUCCUGCCCUCUCCUACAAAAAUAUCACUUGGGGUUUCCUGCUCUGCACUGGGAUAUUUCUCUGGCUGUGAAACCCACAGCGUAUGUAUAUGUUUCAUUGGACAUUGACAUUUUAGUCAAGGUUGCAAAGCACUUGUACCCACUCUUCAGCUUCAUUUGGCUGCACCUGUUUGCAAAGCCUUUUAAUCGACACUUUCCAAGCAUUCCCUCCGUAACUAUCGAGUAGCUUUCAAGACAAAGUCAUCACUUCAGUCUAUUGCUCGAUUCGUCUCCUUUGUUGUGAUUUUCCAGAAAGUAGGCUGAGCAAUACCCCCACCCCCAUUUCCCUCCUCCUGUUCGCCCUUGCCUGAGGUUAGUUUAUCGUUGUCGAGACGCUCCAUUUACAGCAGCAGCAGUCUCACUAUUAGGAUAUGUUCCAAUAGGGAACGCUUCAAAAAUGCAGACCAGAAUAAGACAAACCCCAGACACACACACACUCACAUACACACGAAAACUUGGCACUUGUAUCUGUUAAACCUGAAUUAUGUUGGUUAUCCUGCUUUUAACACUCAAUUCAUAUCAAUUAAAAUAAUCUGCAUUAAAAAUACUCUGGUGCUGAAUAUAAGAGAUUACCGCCACCUUUGAGACUGUGACUUUAAGGCCUCGGCCUUCUGUCGUUCCAACUUCUACCGCCUCUAAAUGAAUGCAUUUCCCACUCCAGCUCCCACAGCUGCUAUUUUGAUUGGAUUAGACUUGAGUUGCAUUACCAUAGCUGAAGGGAGCAUUAAUAGGAUGACGGGGAAGCCAGUUUGGCUGAUUUGGUGAUUACUUAACCUAUUAGUCACAUUUCCAAAACAGACUUCUCAGAGCUGGGUGCUGGAGAAAUAGUGGAGGCCAUUAUGUACACAGAAAUACAACCCAUAGUGUAAAUAGACAGCUGAUGCAAAUGAUUCUAAUUGUUAACAGAUAUUCAAAUUUGUGAGGCUAAGCUCUGAUGACUGAACCUUGUCCACACCAUUUGCAAUUCCCAUUCUACUGUGGCAGUACAGUAUUGUGCUAACCCCAAGUGGUCAUUGAGAGUCACAGCAAGAGUAUGGGAUGCUGCUAAGGUACUGGGAGAUAACAGCUUUUGGUUUCUAGGUAACAAAUAAUUAUAAGGAGACAAAAAUUUAUUGUUGUAAUCAUCAUCCUGUCAUCCCUCAAAUGUUUUUCAUACAAGCCUCCGCCAACUCAAAAUCAACUGUUCUUUUUCCCAUAAUGCUCACUUCCUACAAUACAAUUUCUAACAGCUGUGAAAAGAAAAACAACUUGUUUUCAAAUCUAUGCAUUGUUUUUUUUCCGAUAGUCAUCAGUCUCUUGCCAAACACUUAUCUGCAUCUGGUGGGGACCCAUGGGUGCCAAUGUUUCUGGCCAUAGGACUGACGAUGCAUAGUGGAUAUAAAACGUCUACACAGCACUGUUCAAAUGCUAGGUUUCUGUGAUAUAGAAAAAAUUAGACUAGGAUGAAUAAUUUCAAAACUGUUUCCACUAUUUGUGACCAAUAAACUGUGCGACUCAAUUAAAAAAAAAUUCAAAAGGGGAAAUACGUUUUUUAAGAAGUCUUUUUUGUUUUCUGAUUGUGGGUGGAGGGGACCAAGCCCACCCUUCUUUAGUGUGCAGGCACAGCAACUCCAGACACCAGUUGACUAACAUGCAUGAGAUUUGUUUAUUCACUAUUUAAUUUUCAAAGACACGCUAUAGGAUUUAAUUGCUUGUACUUGGACUACUAAUGAUGACACCACUUGUAUUAAGAUAUCAAUUCCUCGGUUCUUACAGGUAUUACGACACUAUAUAAGUACAUCAGUAGCACUGCCAUGCUGAUUACCCCUCCACAGUGUCCUACCCUGUCCUUUUCUGUCCUCUCUCGUCCUGUCUUAUUGGUAAGUAGUUGCAUCCCUUCCUCACAGGGUGUCCCCUCUGUUCACAAAUACACACAUGACUCCUUUGUAACGUUACUUGUAGUCAUGUAUCUAGAUUGUUCAGCUAUUGUUCUGCUGUGGUUUGUUUCCCUAUACCCCUUGUCUGUUCUGUCCUUUUGUCUGUCCCGUCGCAAUAUUAAAAACACACACACACACACAAAUACAUAGGACAUAUUUCAAACUCCCCUGUUACACAGCUAAACUGUUCCAGCAUAAAAGGCAUACAAAUCCACCAUUCUGAAUGACCAUGCAGCUGAUCAGGACAGGUUAAAAAAAAAAUAUAUAUGUAUAUAUAUAUAUAUAUAUAUAGGUAGAUAAAGAUUUACUGGUUAUAGGUCACAUGGUGGGAAAAAAAAUCAGAAAUUAUUUAUCUUGGUCUCAUUUUUUUUAUAUCACUAAAACCUGUCAUUUGAACAUGGGUGUGUAGACUUUUUAUAUGCACUGAGUGGGAUGACAAUAGGUUUACUAUCUUAACAAUGUUCUCAGAGGUGUACAACUGUAGAUAAGUAAUUGGUAUUCCAAGCAGGAUGGUGGGACUGAUCAAUGCUGUGUGAAGACCAGUUUAUCAAUGGUAUACUUUCAUUGAUCUAACUUGAACCUUGUCACUGGAACAAUUUCUCUGAAGGAGUGAGAGGUGUAAAGAGACCUGACACUCAUUCGUAGGUUCAGACUUUACCUAUGAAAAUGAAUUAAUCACAAGCUGGAGUUUCUUAGUAUUCCCUGUUGAAGGACAUUAUAUACUGAUGGCAUUCUAGCAUUUUUUUUUUUUUUUGCACUAACUCACGUUUGCACCUCUUUCAUACGGUUCUUACUUCCCGGAAAUACCGAGGAACGGUGUUGAUUGUUCCAACUUCAUGCAGAUCUGAUGUAAAGACAAACAUGCUGGCUCAAAAUGGCAAAUUAUUAAAGCAUACAAAGGAGACUGUUAUUAACCAUAUAUGUGGAUUCUCUGAGCAGCCAGCUGUAUAAUUAAAAAAAAAAAUCUUUGUAUUAAACUAUGUAAAUCCUUGGGUGUGAAGAUUGUACAGAGUAGAUUUGUUAGCCAUAAUGGUGUCAUCAAAUCUGUAGACUUUGUUGCCAUGUCUGACAGGAAAAUGACUUGACUGUAAAUAGUGUAGGUAUAGUGAAAUAGGGUAUACUGUAGUAUUAUAGAACUUACUGUAAUUAGUGCUUCUUUUCUCCUGGGAUCACGCAUGUUUUGCUUAGUCCCAUGCCUGAUCGGUCUCAUUGGGAAGGAAAACACAAUAAUGUAUACUUGCCAAUAGAAAUAAGAAUACUUUUUUUUAAAUUUCAUCAUGUUUUAUAUACUGACUGUCUUGUAAAGUACAGGGUAUGUUAUUUUUGUCAUAAAGGCAUGAUGUGACAUUGUCAAAA